UUUCAGUCCGCCGCGGUCUUUUCUAGCAAUUUCUCGCGCUUUAUAGCACCGCGUGACGUCACAGUUUGACACCUUUCGCUGGAAAUUGUGAUCCAGCUUUUCUCCUCCCUUUUUCCGCGAUUCCCAGUGCAAUUUCGCCCCAGGAGCGGUGCUCCCUGGCCAGGUGGCAGUGCACAGAAGAGGCAGACAAUGGCGGCCAAGCGGCCCAGUUCGUUCCGGGAGGAGAAGAGCGCCCUGGAUGAGCCCCCGAUGUCGCGACUGUUCAUCGUCUGUGGCAAGUCCCACACGGAGGAGGAGUUCAUGACCCUCUUCCAGCCCUACGGCAAUGUGGAGGAGGUGUGGAUGGUGAAGGACAAGACGACGGGAGAGAGCAAGGGCGUCGUGUAUGUGAAGUUCAGCAGGACGUCAGAGGCUGCGCACGCCCUGGAGGCGCUCAAUGGGAAGGUUCUGGUGGAGGGCGAGCGCCCCAUCAAGGUCCUGGUGGCGUCAAAUCGCGCCCAGGGCGCCAAGAAGGCGUCCGACAAUGACUACGAGAAGUGCGUGAGGCUGUUCGUGCUCAUCCCCAAGACCAUGACCGAGGAAGAGCUGCAGGCGGAGUUCAAUCAGUUCGGGGAGCUGGACUACGUGACCAUCAUCCGGGACAGGAGCAGCAGGGAGACAAAGGGAUUCGCCUACGUGAAGUAUAGAAAGUUCUCCGACGCUGCCAAUGCCUUCGAGAAUUGCGACAAGAAGUACAAGGCCAUGUUCGCGGAGCCCAAGCCGCCGAAGAAUGACAUUAUGGCCUCCCAUGACUCCCUCCUGAUCUGCACCAGCUCGAGUCGGCGCAUGUCCGGCAGCGGAUUGAUUCCGCCGCUGCUCAGCGACUUGUCCACCACCACGAGUCGCUCCAUGUCGUCGCAGGACGUCUCGCUGAACGUCAUCUGCAGCUCAAUGGUGAACCAGGAUCAGCUGUGGCGCCUGUUCGACAUCAUCCCCGGCCUGGACUACUGUCACAUCACCGGCGAGUUCAACAGGAACUCCAACUGUGCCAUUGCCACGUACUCCAAUCCCAGCGCCGCCGCGUACGCGCGCGACAAGUUGCACGGCUUCGAGUAUCCUAUCGGGGAGCGGCUGAUCGUCAAGGGCGGCCCGGAUCUGUCGCCGGUGCCGCCCAUGGUGCCACAAGCGAGCGUACUCAGUGACUCCCUGGGCCAGGGCGAAGUCCCGUGCUCCGUCUCGCUGCCGCCUCAGGCGCCUCUGGCCAACUCUUCAUCCGCAGUGGCGCAGAGAUGCUUCAUCGUCUGCGUGUCGCAGGCUCUCCCGACGCAAGUGCUGAAGAACGUCUUCUGCCGCUUCGGGGAUCUCAUCGAAGUCUACCUGCUGCCGAACAAGAACUGCGGCUAUGCCAAGUAUGCGCGCGAGGAGAGCUGCCGGAAGGCCAUUGAGAAGCUGAACGGGGCGGAAGUGUACGGCGUGCGGCUGAAAGUGAUGGAGGCUGAGGAGCCGAGCGAGAGGAAGCGACCGCGUCGCGAAGACUAAG